AUGGGCAGCACUGAUGGGUUCCAGUACCGCGCGCUCUACCCCUACCGCAAGGAGCGUGAGGAGGACAUUGAUCUGCUGCCUGGGGACAUCCUGGUGGUGAGCAAGGGCGCCCUGCAAGCCUUGGGCUUCAAAGAUGGGGAUGAGCAGACCCCCAAUCAGAUCGGGUGGAUCCUGGGUGUCAACGAGCGGACCAAGCAGAAGGGUGACUUUCCCGGCACGUACGUGGAGUAUGUGGGGCCCGUGAAGAUCUCCGUCCCUUCUCACCGGCCCCGAGUGCAGAGACCCCUACCCGCGACGCCAGGGGCCAGCGGCUGCCGGCUGCAGGAGGCUCCGGAGCAAGGAUCUCCUCUCCCAGACUUGCAGGAGCAGUUCAGCCCUCCUGAGAUUGCACCACCGCUGCUGGUGAAGCUGGUGGAAGCUAUUGAGAAGAAAGGGUUAGACAGCGAGAUGUUGUACAGGACAUCUGGCUCCGAACUGAGGCAAGCGCUGAGAACCGAUUGGACCCUGGGCGACUUGGAGCUCUUCGACGUGCACUCUCUGGGCGAGGCGCUGCGAGGCUACCUGCAGGACCUGCCCUCCCCCGUGGUGCCGCUGUCCGUGCAUGGAGACAUCCUUCGCGUCCUGCAGGAGAUCCCCCAGCCGGAGAAUUGCCGGAAGCAGCUGCUGCUGGCCCUGGAGUCGCCUGCGGUCCCGCUCCAGAACACGAACAGCCUCCACCCUCGGGUCCUGGGAGAGAUCUUCGGUCCUCUUCUCCUCCGGCUGCCUGGCGCCAGCCCAGAACUGAGUCCUGACUUCUCCGUGCUGUUUCUGGAGACACUUCUGCAGACGAAGGAGUUGGAGCCAGAACAGUUGCCUCCAGCUUUGCCUCCAAAACCGCCUAAGCCAAAGCCCAGCGCAGCCAGCCUGGCCAACGGGAACAGCGUGCCCUUGCAGGACGCCGAGUGGUACUGGGGUGACAUUUCCCGGGAGGAGGUGAACGAGAAGCUACGGGACACGCCAGAUGGUACCUUCUUGGUGCGCGAUGCCUCCAGCAAGAUCCAGGGGGAGUACACGCUCACGCUCAGGAAGGGAGGCAAUAACAAGCUGAUCAAGAUCUUUCACCGGGAAGGGAAGUAUGGCUUCUCAGAGCCCCUCACUUUCGGCUCGGUGGUGGAGCUCAUCACCCAUUACCGGCACGAGUCACUUGCCCAGUACAACGCCAAGCUGGACACCAGGCUGCUCUACCCCAUCUCCAAAUACCAGCAGGACCAAGUGGUGAAAGAGGACAGCGUGGAAGCCGUCGGGGAGCAGCUGAAGGUCUAUCACCAGCAGUACCAGGACAAGAGCUGGGAGUACGACCUGCUGUACGAGGAGUACACGCGCACUUCCCAGGAGCUGCAGAUGAAGAGGACGGCGAUUGAGGCCUUCAAUGAAACGAUCAAGAUCUUCGAGGAGCAGUGUCAGACGCAGGAGAAAUGCAGCAAGGAGUACAUCGAGCGCUUCCGACGAGAGGGCAACGAGAAGGAGGUGCAAAGGAUCCUCAUGAACUCGGAGAAGCUCAAGUCUCGCAUCACGGAGAUCCACGACAGCAAGAUGAAGCUGGAGCAGGACUUGAAGAAACAAGCCUCGGAGAACCGGGAGAUCGACAAGCGCAUGAACAGCCUCAAGCCAGACCUCAUGCAGCUGCGCAAACUGCGGGACCAGUAUUUGGUGUGGCUGACGCAGAAGGGUGCCCGGCAGAAGAAAAUCAACGAGUGGUUGGGCAUCAAGAACGAGACGGAGGACCAGUACUCCAUGAUGGAUGACGAGGAGGAGCUGCCCCACCACGAGGAGCGGACAUGGUACGUGGGGAAGAUCAACCGCUUGCAGGCAGAAGAGAUGCUGUGCGGCAAGCGGGACGGCACCUUCCUGAUCCGCGAGAGCAGCCAGAAGGGAUGCUACGCCUGCUCCGUGGUGGUGGACGGUGACACCAAGCACUGCGUGAUCUACAAAACGGCGACCGGCUACGGGUUCGCUGAACCCUACAACCUCUACGCCUCCCUCAAGGACCUGGUCUUGCACUACAAGCACACAUCCCUGGUGCAGCACAAUGACUCCCUGAACGUCACGCUGGCUCACCCGGUCCUUUCCCAGCCGCCAGCCAGAUGAGCAGCCCAUGCACAACACAACAGCUGCCUUCAGCUUCUCCCCAGGGCGCUGCUUUCUGGCUCUGGACUCUUGCACCCUGUAUAGUUGAGUCUCUGUGCUCCUGCCCCUCCAGAGCCUCUGAGAUGUCUGUGACCGUUCCUGGUGUCCCUUUUGGUCAGUAGCUGAAACCCGUGUUGGCUGAUGGGACAAAAAGGCUGGGCUGUUGACUCCCGGUGGGCUCCAGCCUCUAGGAGGUGGGGUCCAGUUGUGAUUGAAUCGCUGUGGGUGAGCACAGCCCCCUCCCCUUCCCCAAUAAGCAGGUCAGAUCCCUUUCUUGUUGGCAGGUCGCCCCACUACGCAUCACUGUAGAGCUAGAUUCCCGAUUCCUUGGUGCGCUACGGCAGCGGUCGCUGCCCCGGCUGAGUGGUCGCGAGUGCUGCUCUGAGUGAGGGGCUCCCUGCCCAGAUGCCACAGGAGGCAGAGGAGGAGGCUCGGUUGAGCAUGUGCAUCCUCCGCUCUCACUUCCCUCGGUGAUCUUGCGGGCUGCGGUGAUGUCUGGUACGAGGGGUGCUGCUCUUCCAUGCAGAGACUCGUUUAGAAAGGAGAAACCC